AUGGGGGAAGCAGAAGCCACCGAAGCCAUCCGACCGCGGACGCCGGAUCUUGAAGCCGGAAGUAACAGUGGAGAUGGAGGAAACCGAGCUACUACGACUGGAACGUCAGGUUGUCAUCCGGAGAUGCGCAGAAUCCGAAGUGUAUCUAAUCCACAUGACAAUUAUGAUCCUGAAAUCGGAUGGGAUCAGGUCAAGGCUGAUACUCGACCCGAAAUUGAUCAACGACAACGCAGUCAAACGUAA